AUGCUUUCAUCAACAUUUGUUGCAAUUCCUUUCUGGUUCAUCCAUGAUGCUGGACUGAAUGUCGCGGGAUUGACAAAGCGAGAAUGUAGUUUCAAGAAGCUUGAUUUUGUAAAGCAUUUAUCAGUGUUUCAAGUUGGUGAGAUCAUUAGCAGAUUUGAGAAGAAGGGCUUCUAUUUGAAAGGUUUGAAGCUCAUCACUGUGGAUUGUUCUUUUGCUCAAAGGCACUAUGCGGACUUGUCUGCAAAGCCCUUUUUCAAUGGGUUGGUUGAAUACAUUAUUUUUGGUCCUGUUGUUGUUAUGGUUUGGGAGGGUAAGAAUGUUGUGACAAUUGGUCGAAAGAUUAUUGGAGCUACAAAUCCUUCGGAUUCCGCCCCUGGAACCAUCCGUGGUGACUUUGCAGUUGAAAUUGGGAGGAACGUUAUUCAUGGAAGUGAUUCAGUUGAGAGUGGGAGGAAAGAAAUUGCUCUAUGGUUCCCUGAAAGAACUAUUAGCUGGGAGAGCAGUCUUUACCCUUGGAUCUACAAGUGA